UGGUAUUUGUUGGAUUUUCAGAAAAUUAAUUGCUGAUGUGGAAAUAGUAGUGGUUGCUGUUGUUAAUGGGUAGUUUUUUUUAAGAGUUUACGUCAGUUUUUUAACUUUUAAGUUUGUAACUGUUUUAUUUUGUAUUUAAUGACUUUAUGUUGUAAUGAACAUAUGUAUGCAAGGUUUUAUUUACGAGAGAAACUUUGUGUCAUCGUUUUGGUUGUUGUUCAAAGUACAUCUCAAGUGAUUUGAUUUCUAAAACUUGAGUUUGUAAAAGGAGCAACAGAUUUAAGUGUGUGUAAAAUAAUAGUGGUAUCAGAGGGGUUUUGAUCUUUCGGAAUCUGUGAGUGUUUUUUUUUUUGAAAAAGUGAAAACGAAAUGGAUCAAAAUGUUGGUGUUGGUGUAACUCUCCCCGUUCCGGUGUUUGAUGGUGAGAAUUACCAAGUCUGGGUUGUGAAGAUGAAAGCGUUUUUGAAGGAUUCAGAUCUGUGGGAAGCCGUAGAAGAGGACUAUGAAGUUACUCCAUUGGGUGCUAAUCCUACAGCGAAUCAAAUAAAGUUGUACAAGGAGAGAAUGGCGAGUAAAGCAAAGGCCAUGUCUUGCAUCUUCUCGGCAGUGUCACCGUCGAUCUUCACGAAGAUCAUGGGGUUGGAGUCUGCCAAAGAGAUGUGGGAUUUCUUGAAGAAGGAGUAUGAAGGGGACGAAAAAAUCAACGGAAUGAAAGUCAUGAAUUUGUUGCGAGAGUUCGAGCGACAACAAAUGAAGGGAAGCGAGUCAGUAAAAGAUUAUGUCGAUCGUCUUGUCGAUAUAAUCAACAAGGUAAGAAUUCUUGGCACUAAAGUUGAAGAUGUUAAGAUUGUGCAAAAAAUUUUGGUUUCUAUACCGGAAAAGUUUGAAGCAACGGUUGCAUCUUUGGAAAACACUAAAGAUAUGUCAAAAAUCAAGCUCUCAGAAGUUCUUAAUGCCCUUCAAGCACAAGAACAAAGGAGGCUUAUGCAAAAGGAAGAUCAGUGGAAGGUGCUUUAAUAGCAAAAGAAAGAAUAAAUUCUGCAGAAAAUGGAAAAUUUAGUGAGCAAUUCAUUGAAUCGUGCAAACAUUGUGGUAAGAAAGGUCAUCCAUAUUGGAGAUGUUGGAAAAGACCCGAUGUUAAAUGCAGGAAAUGCGGUAAAAUGGGACAUGUUGAGAAGAUUUGCAAAGAAAAGAAUACAAAGAAUGUUGAAGUUGAAGCGAAUAGGGUUGAAGAAAAUGAAAUGGACCAACUUUUCUGAUCAAAUUUGUGUAGAACUUUGAACCAAGGAGGAGUUUGUUAGUAUUUUGGUUCAAAAGUUUGUGGUAUUUGUUGGAUUUUCAGAAAAUUAAUUUUUUAUGUGGAAAUAGUAGUGGUUGCUGUUGUUAAUGGGUAGUUUUUUUUAGAAGUUUAUGUCAGUUUUUUAACUUUUAAGUUUGUAACUGUUUUAUUUUGUAUUUAAUGACUUUAUGUUGUAAUGAACAUAUGUAUGCAGGGUUUUAUUUAC